GUUGGCCGCGACAAGCCAGAAUACCAAGCCCUUGGCGAUACUGUCUAUCAGUCGAUUGGACCUCCAGCGGCGCAAGUGGUCGAGCAGGAGGCGCUUGUGUAUGGAGAGGUCAGGACGAAGCGGCAAGGAUGCAGCUUCGGCAAUGGCUGCCGACGCGGUAAUCCGCAGCAUUUCCUGGACCAGAGCCAUCCAACAGAUCCCGAUUUCGAGGGCAGCGCUACGCGGCCUCCGAUUGUCAAGCCAGGACCACAGGUGUCCGUCAGGGGUGGAAACUUUGACUGGGUCCGGAGUGCCAACGACAAG